CCUCCCCCCUCGCCGCCGCCGGAGGGAGGCGGUCAAAUGAUGCUAUCCCUCCCCCCGUGCCGCCGCCACCUCCUCCUCCGCCUCUGGCCUCGCCGGAAGCCUACCCUCCUCCGCCUCGCCCUCGGCGCCUACUCCGCCGCCCUCUCCACCGCCCCAACCGCCACCUCCGCCGGCGCUCGCGCCGCCGCCACUCCCAUUUCCGACCGCCUGCGCACCCUCCGCUCCCUACACGCCGUCGACCCCGACCACCUCCUCUCCCACCCUCUCCCCUCCUCCGCCCACGUCUGCCUCGCCGCCCACCUCGCCGCCCGUGCCCGCCUCUUCGCGCACUCCCGCCGCCUCCUCGCCCGCCUGCUCGGCGCCGGCCACCGGCCCCACCUCGCCGCUUCGCUCGUCGACCUUCUCCACCGCGCGGCACUCGCGCUGGGGCCCCGCCGCAGCGCUCUCCCCUCCGUCGCCGACACCCUCCUCUCCCUGCUCGCCGACCGCGGCCUCCUCGACGACGCUGUCCGCGCCGUUACCCGCGUGCGGGAGCUGCGCGUGCCACCCAACACCCGCACCUGCAACCACAUUCUCCUCCGCCUUGCCCGCGACCGCCGCGGCGGGCUCGUCAAGCGGCUCUUCGACCAGCUGCCCGCGCCCAACGUGUUCACGUUCAACAUCGUGAUCGAUUUCCUUUGCAAGGAGGGGGAGCUUGCAGAGGCAAGGGCACUCUUGCUUAGGAUGAAGGCUAUGGGCUGCUCGCCGGACGUCGUCACUUACAAUUCUUUGAUUGACGGGUAUGGCAAGUGCGGGGAGCUGGAGGAGGUGGCGUUGCUGGUGGCGGAGAUGAGGAAGUCUGGAUGUGCAGCUGAUGUUGUCACGUACAAUGCGUUGGUCAAUUGCUUUUGCAAAUUUGGGAGGAUGGAGAAGGCAUACAGCUACUUUGCGGAGAUGAAGAAGCAGGGAGUGAUGGCAAAUGUGGUCACAUUUAGCACUUUUGUUGAUGCAUUUUGCAAAGAGGGUUUGGUCCGGGAGGCAAUGAAGCUGUUUGCACAGAUGAGGGUUAGGGGCAUGAUGCCGAAUGAGUUCACUUAUACUUCAUUAGUUGAUGGCACUUGCAAGGCAGGGAGACUUGAUGAUGCUAUUGUAUUGCUCGAUGAAAUGGUACAACAGGGGGUAGCGUUGAAUGUGGUCACGUACACUGUUUUGGUUGAUGGCCUUUGCAAAGCGGGUAAGGUUGCUGAAGCGGAUAGUGUUUUGAGGCUGAUGGACAGAGCUGGAAUUAAAGCCAACGAAUUGUUGUACACUACACUGAUCCAUGGGCACUUCAUGAAUAAGAACAGUGAAAGAGCUUUGGAUUUGUUAAGUGAGAUGAAGAAUAAAGGAAUGGAACUUGAUGUUUCACUCUAUGGCACCCUCAUUUGGGGUCUCUGUAAUGUUCAAAAGGUGGAUGAAGCUAAGAAGCUGCUACAUAAAAUGGAUGGCUGUGGUUUGAAACCAAAUAAUGUCAUCUAUACGACAAUAAUGGAUGCUUGCUUUAAAGCAGGAAAAGAGUCAGAGGCCAUUGCCCUGCUCCACAAGAUGCUGAAUUCUGGGUUCCAGCCUAAUGUUGUAACUUACUGUGCAUUAAUUGAUGGAUUGUGCAAAGCAGGAUCAAUCGCUGAGGCAGUCUCCCAUUUUAACAAAAUGAGAGACUUAGGUCUAGAACCAAAUGUACAGGCUUACACUGCCCUAAUUGAUGGUUUUUGCAAGAAUGGCUCCUUGGAUAAGGCUAUGCACUUGUUGAAUGAAAUGGUUGACAAGUGUAUGUCUCUUGACAAAGUUGUAUACACUUCUCUUAUUGAUGGGUACCUGAAGCAGGGAAAUCUCCAGGAUGCCUUUGCACUCAAGGCCAAGAUGAUCGAAAGUGGUUUGCAACUCGAUCAUUAUACAUAUACUUGCUUCAUUUGGGGCUUCUGUAAUAUGAAUAUGAUGCAAGAGGCUAGAGAAGUUCUUUCAGAAAUGAUUGGGAAUGGUAUUACUCCUGAUAAAAUGGUUUAUAACUGUCUGAUAAGCAAAUACCAGAAACUGGGGAACAUGGAGGAAGCAUCAAGUCUUCAGAUUGAAAUGGAAAGUGUUUUAAUCUCUUGUAAAGAAGAUGAUACUGUUUCUGGUGGUGACACCUGAGCUUGUGCUUGUACAAGGUAUAAAGGGAUAGUCUUUUCUGUUGAUAUAGUGUCAAUAUUUCUGCAAUUGAAUAACAGACAUCAUCACUAAACCAAAAGUGCCCUCGCAGCAUGGAAGCACAUGGCGCUGUGUGAUUCAGUAUGCUUCUGAUACUUUUUAUCUCAGUCAAUUUGCUCAACAAUCUUCAUUGGAUGCCAAAUUUGAAAAGCAGGACAAAUAUUCCCAUUAGCUUGGAUACAGAAUCUAGCAAACAAGUGAGGGGAUUUUGCUGCAGUCAAAGUAGGGACUCAAGUUUUGAAAUGGUGCACCGGUUAAUACCAUUUACCAUACUUGCACUGACUGAUACCAGUAUCAGAUGAUUUGAGUGUGCAGAGCAUCUAUGGUAAUUCACAGAAAGUAAUUUUUACUCAAGCAGCACAUGUCAUCAGUAAUUGGUUACUGAAUAUGGACUCAGUUUUCCUAUGGCCCCGUGAGGACCUCAUUGUAAUUUGGUCCAAUCAAAAGAUGUCAGUUGAUUAAUGGACUAUACACAUACGAACCCUUUCUUCAUGUUACUAAAGGAGUCUCACACAAACCUAAUGAAGAUGUAGACUUUGCACCUCCUUAUCUCCUGUCACGUGUUCAUCCUUCCAUUGAGAUCCAUCCAUCAUUCCUAAUUGAACUGAUCGAUGCAGCAUCAGAAACAGCAGAGAUCUAAUAACACCAUAUUCUUCUGCAAUCUGCUAUUGGAAAACCACAAAAUAUUGUCAAGAGUACAUAUACCGAGUUCAAAAGAAAUCAGUAUUCUAGAUGACAGUCUUUUCUUGGUAGUUUGUACUUCAAACAGAAAUAUGUUGACUCAGUCAGAUCCACACGAGCAAAUAUUCAUUAUGAAUGAUAAUUUCUCAUGGAUCAAAAUGGUGAAGGUGAAACUCACUCAUGGAAGGUUGGUCAGCUCAGAUUUGUACUAGUGACUGGAGAGGCCUAUUGGGAACUGGAAGAAUAUCAUAGCGGCCUCAGCCAACUGAUUUCAUCUUGAUGUUUACUAUAUAUGGCCUGCAAGUUCGACCAUGAUCAUUCCUUCAUCUUUUGGCUAAUGGAAUUAGUAUCCGGCCUCUGCUACCGCAAACAGCCACCAACCAUUCCUUCAUGCAAACCAUCAGCUGCAAUCUCAUGCUUGCUCAGGACACAGGAGCACUGUGCUUCAAGGAAGGAAACAUAGUGAUGCUUGACAAUGAUAUGAGAAACUAGGAAUGAGAUUGAAAUACGUUGUUCUGAAGAAGGAUAGUGGUCUUUUGGCGAUUGAGAAGAACAGGAGUCGUGGGGGACUGGUAUACUUAGUCCUGCAGGUUGAGAGGACGAUGGAGCCGAUUUUUUGUAGGCUGCCAUCUCGUUAGAUAAUAUUCUGAAUAACAUGUCACAAACAUUACAUAGAUCGUGUGAAUAGAGGCGCAUGGAAUCUGUGCACAGAUAGGUCUAGCCGUCCAGGUAUCUUCAAAUAUCAGUUUUGCACAUAGAUUGAUUUACUGCAUUCAGUUUCCUUACUAUUUUUCUGAUUUAAACUUUUCCACUGACCUGUGAUGUCGCAAACUGAACUAUUGAUUGACCUGUUCCUUUUUCGAAUACUAGGUCCGAGUAUUCUUUUUCUGUGAA